AUGGCUGAAGGUAAGAUUACACCGGCAGGCAAAUCAGGCCAACUCCUGGAAAAAAUCUGGGAUCUGAACUCGCUAGCGAGAGAUGUGCUUCUGAAAAGUGAUCUGGAUAAUGAAGGUAUAGCAGAGUAUGUGCUUAAACUGACCUCUUUAACAAAAGAGAUGAGCAGAUCUCUCACCCAACAGCUGGAGAACAUUGCGGAAGGUCUUCAAGACACUUGCUACUUGCUGAGUGCUCUCCAUGACAAACACAAGCAACUGACUGCAAGUCCAAAGUACAAUGGAAUUGCAGAUUAUCUGCAGAAAAUGAAGGAUUGCAUGAUAAAUACCAUCUCACACCUUCAAAAGGAAGAAAAUAAACUUUUUGCUCCUAGCUGCAGUGAAGAUGAUGAUUCUCAGAUCCAGACUGCUCAAAAUCCUUCUAGGGAAACAGAUGUGUGUUGUUCUGAAGAAGCAACAGCGUCUGUGCAAGCACCUUCUAGUCCCCAUCAUCAGUUCCAAUCCCUGAACAAGACAGAAAGUCAGAAUGUUAAUCAAAUCCAGCCAAGUGAAACUAAAACUGCAGAAAAAGACAUUGUUGCAUCAUUAGCUGAAAACAUAUUUGCUCAAGAACAGGACAUUAGCAGAGAACCUCCAGUGCAAAGGGAAGAUGGUGAAUACAGACUACUAAUGAACUCUGUUACAGAAAAAGAAGAUAAACCUCAUGAAGGUAGCUCUGCAACUGAAACGUCUGCAGAAGUGGUUUUCCAAGAUGCCUUUACAAGCAGUGGGGAAGGCAUUUUAUCUGGGACAUUGGGGGACAUUCAUGACAGAACUGUCAUGAGUCUUUUUGAACAGAAAAAAAAGGCAGUACUCAAAGAAUCUUCAACCGUGGUAGAAAGUGAAGAACACAGACUGACAGAGCAAAUGGAAGACAGUAAAAUGGAAAGAAAUAGUGAGAUUUGUAGAAAUUACCUAACUACCUUCACAUCUUCAGCACAAACAUGUGAUCUUACUGCUGUGAAUCCUUCUGUGAAUGACUCUGAAGAAGUACGGAAAUCUAGGCACAUGGUAUUUCUAGCGGAAAAGAGUGGUAAGAAUGAACAUGAAUUAGCUUGUGUUAUUCAAGCCCCUGCAACUACUCUGGAAAAUCUGAAGUGUAAGAUAGUCAAUGACACUAGUUCCUUGGUGGUGGAUGAUUCUGAGGAGCUGGUCAGCAAUGUCAUCAGUAUUGAAUGCUCUGAUUACGAGAAAGCAAUCCCCUUCCCUAUCAACAUUGCAAUUCCAUUUACUUCAUGCUUCAGAGGAAAUUAUCGAGAGAUUAUGGUGAAGGUGACUGAUGUGAACUUUCAAUCAAAUUACUUAACUCCUGUUUCUUUGGAGAGAUACCAAGGAAAUCAUAAGGAAACCUUUGCAGAGGUGAAAAUUUAUCAGCUGGGUUUUUUUUCUGUCUUGUCAUGCUUAAAAAAAGAAAAAUUUACUGUUCCAAAGACAGGACUCUUGCAAAAGCUGAGUGUGGAUUCAAGAAUCUCAUUCUAUUACCCUCCAGAAACAUUUAGUUCUCCAGCACACAUGCAGUUAAAGGUUCAGCCAAUUGAACCAUCAUUGGUUUCCGCACUGAAAGCAAGACACGAUAUGUUCCACUCAGUGGUAUCUACUAGUGCACUGGUUUAUGUCCUGCAUCCUUCAGCCCAGACAUUUAACAACUCAAUCACUAUAACUCUGCCUUGUCCUCCAAAUCCAGAAAAAAAAAGGCAAGGAGAUGAAACAGAACAUGCGAGAGCUAUCAGUGCUACAGUAAAGAGGGUUGCUAUGGCAUACCAUCCGUGGGCUGUGAGUACUACUGUGAGAAAAAAUGGGGAGAAUCUCAGUGGUACUUUGAAAUUAUUAGGUCACAGAAACAAAGAAGAGGGGUGGAAGAUGUUUGAUGAUGUUAUUAUCCAGAGUGCACGGAAUGGGCUUGUAGCCUUUGAACUAAAUGAGCAUUUAGAAAGCUUUGUUGUCAUUCGCCUUUUGUUCCCCUUGGAAAGCAUGUACCUUCUCCUCUUUGCUCAGGCAAUGGAAGAAGCUGUUCGCAGUACAAUGGCUAAUGUGAUACUGUAUCGGAAAAGAGAAAAUCCAUAUAAAAUAGUAGUUUUGUUAUCUGCAUCCAAAGAAUUGACCUGCAAACUUAAAAAUCUCCAUGAGGAGGGCUACUUCGGUCCCCCAGAACCUACGCAGCAGUUCCCAUUAAGAGAAGGAGAGCAGAUUCAUUUUAGAUUUAGAGGCAAUAUUUUUGCUUCAGAGGAUGGAAGGGAUUUUGGGAACACCUACAAGCUGAUUUUUCAUUCACAAAGAAAACCCAGGCUGGAGCUCCAUAUUAAAGAAGUGGAUGAAUUUGGUAACUACAGCUCACCUCAUUACAAAGGCACAGCAGUGUUUUAUAAAAUCACCAGAGAGAUGCUAACCAAGGAACGGGGACAUCCUUUACAAUAUGGUGACUAUCAACACCACUCUCCACUGUGUAAAUUAGCACUGACAUUACCGAAGAUACACCCAGGAGUCACUGAUGGAGCAGUUCUGAUCCAUCAGCAAUGUACAAACAGCCUCAUAAUUUCUCUUAGCAGGUGGGAGGCUCUCUCAUCUAAGCAUGAGCAUAGAAAAAAGUGUUUACUAGAAGUUUUUCACCCAUUUGCUCUCCCCAAAUGGAAUGGCCUUGAGAAAUUAUUACUUAAGUGUCAGUUAUAUACUCUUUCUGUCCUUGUCUUAGGAGUGCAGAAUUGCAAAUUGGGGGAACAUUAA